AUGGAGGUGAGCACCUUGUCCCCUCUUUUCACCUCACCGACUGACACACCUGCUCAGUGUGAGAUCAAUGUCUCCAACAUGGCCACAGACUUUGUGAUGCUGCUCGUUGGCCUCUGUGGGCUGGCUGGGAAUGGAGUUGUUCUCUGGCUCCUGCACGUUAAUGCCAUCACCCACUUCAUCUCCAAACAGGCCAUCAUCGACUUCCUCUUCCUCAUCUUCAUGUUGCCCUCCACCCUGCUUUUCCUUGUGGAGGAGGUUUCCUGCUCUGCUAUAAUGCCCCUGAUGUAUUUGAGCUUGCUUUUCCAGCUGUCGCUGUUCACCUACAUUAUAGGGCUGUACCGGCUGACACUGAUCUGCAUUCAGAGGUGCAGAUCCAUCCUCUGCCUGGUAUUCUGUGGUUGCCAACUUUCCGAACACUUGUUGUGGGUGUUGAUGACUGCCCUGUUCUGGGUCCUCCUCUUUGUUUUCAUCGCUGUCAAUCCCACGGUGACUUCCCUGUGCCAGUCACACGAGCAGGAGCAAUGCCAGAUGGCUCUCACCUCCAUGUACGCCCUCAACCUCUUUCUAUUUGCUGUACCCAUGGUAAUUUCCAGCACAAUCCUCUUCAUUCAUCUCAAGCCUGGCUCCCAGCAGCAGCAACACAAGAGGCUUGACGUUGUUAUCUUCCUCGUUGCACUCUUCAGUCUGCCCUUCAGUCUCUGGUCUCUCCUGCAGCAGCUCGGUUACACAGUUGUGUCCUCCCAGGUGGUUUUCCUACUUGCAUGCAUCAAUAGCAGCAUCAAACCAUUUAUCUGCUUCUUGGUGGGGAACUGGAAGAGAGACUGCUCUGUGGGGAGCUGCUGGAGACACUGCUCCAUGGAGAGCUGCAGGAAGCACUCCUCCAUCCAGUCCCUAAGGGAGGCAAUCCACAGGGUCUUUGGGGAGCCAGAAGAAAACACUGCCUGUGGAGAUGAUCCUGUUGUGACCAGUGGGGUCUGAGCCUGUUGAUCCCUUCCACUGCACUGCUGAAGGACCCCAGGACAGUGGCUGAGAGAUUCCUUGAGUCUCCUGAUGAAUAAAUACCCACAGGAUCACCCUCCCUGUGCUGCUGCAUCCCCAGCCCCUUUCCAGGCCGCUCUGGGCUCUGAUCCGUGCUUGGGAGGCCUCAGCCGUGAGGAGCAGCCCCUGGGCUCAGCUCCUGUGGCGCUGAUCAGAAACACCCUCUGCUCCCAGCCACUGCUGCUGUCCAACCACCUCAUGGGCUUUCAUCAACAGCCUUGGAAAUUCUUGUACUGCCCUGGAUGCCACAGCAUCCCUGCUCUGCCACUGUCCCAGGAAGCUGCCGGCCCCAAGUGUGGCCAGGCUGAGCCAUUGCUGUGAGUGCCGCCCAUGCCUUGGGGCCCUGUGAGCAGCGGCCCCAAAGGAGAGCCUUGGAGCUCUGCUGGGCCCAGCAGCGCUGAGCAGAAGCUCCCUGGCACUGGGGCCUCUCCCAGCUGGGAUCUCUCCCGGCUGCUGCCCUGGGCUGAUCCCCGAACGCCGACGGCUCCUGGGCCCAUCCCGCCAGGGCUCCAGGCCCAGCCCUUGGCCCAGGGAGGAGAUGCAAAGGGAUCCGCAGGGAGCAUUUCACUGCCUGCCAGGGCAAUUGCUCACAGGCACCUUGCACUCACUCUGCCUGGCUGGCUGGCUGUGUGCACACACGUCUGCAUCUGCUGGGGCAAAUGUGGCAGAAAUGCUGCUCUCUCAGCUGUGUUAGUACCUGAGACAUCUCACUGGGGCAGGCCUGGAAGCAAGGUUAAGGCAUGAGAUACCAUUCCAGCUAAAUGCUGUUCAUGUCCUUUCUUUGCUAAAUUGUUUAUUUUCAUGUACAAAAGCAGGAAUGGCUGGCGGAAGCAGAGACACUGCUCAUGGUCCUGGGUGGAGCAGGGCAGGAGCGGGGCUGUCACAGGGGAAAAGAUGGAGCCAGGGAGGGUCUGGAAGUUCUCAGAGGGGUCCAGAAGGGUAAGAGGGUUCUGUAAGUGUCUGGAGGAGGUCAGGAAGGGUCUGGAUGCUGCUGAUCGCAAAUGUCCCAAUUGGAGGGCAGCAGAGCCUGAUGGGCAGCGCUUCAAGGUGGGGAGCAGCACUGGAUGGGGUGGGAUGCGAUGGGAUGGCAUGGCAUGGCAUGGCAUGGCAUGGGAAGAAUAGUGGAGAUCAGAAUGGGAGUGAUACCAAAAUCAGCCAGAAUAAACUUUCAAACACAAUGGGAAGCAUUAGGAAGCAGGAAUUCUUUACCUCCAAAGGACACACAGAUUGAUCUCUCCAUAUUUCUGUUUGAUGUGAGACUUUACAACAGGGUUUUUAUCCAUCACAACUACACAGAGUCAAUAAAGUGUCUUUUUUAUAUAAUAGAUAAACAUCACUUUACUAGGACUCAUUUCCAUGCAUCCAUCUCCUUCUCCAAGUCUUCUCCUGAUCCUGGAGGAUCAUUCAGAGGGGUCUCUGGUGGUUGCAUUCACUGAGUGCUGAGAUAUUAAAGGUCACCUUGCCUUGAA